GCUACUACUACCACCACUACUGUACAGUAAUCCGUGUACUGUUGUUAACCUAGUAGUGUAUAGUAGCAGCAGUAGUAGUAUUGUAUGGUAUGUACUGGUGGAGUCAGAAAAACCCAAGUCCCGCCAAUCCAGACCCUUCCAUUUCACCUUUACCGCCGCCGCCCUUCCCUUCCUGUCCACCAUCCACUACCCAUCCACCUGCAUCUUGUCCAUGGCACGCCUCCAGCUUCCAUCGCUUUCGCGAAGAAGCCUGCAGCUGAACAGCUAUAUAUCACCUCGUCAGCGCCCCUCCGCCACCGCUUCUCUCAUACUCCUCCUCCCUCAAUCAACACGUUCACUUUCUUGUCUGUUCACCACCACAACCACCACCACAACAACAUCGCCACAUCAUCUCGAGAGGCGAUUGAACUACAACCCACCUACACCCAUCUCACACAUCAUCACACGCAACAUGGCUUCCGAGUGCCCCGUCAAGAAGGCACCUGUCGCCGGCGGUGGUACCACCAACAAGGACUGGUGGCCGCAGGAGCUCAGCCUCGACAUCCUCCGUCAGAAUGCUCCCGUCACCAACCCCUUCGGCGAGGAGUUCGACUACGCCGAGGCCUUCAAGUCGCUCGACUACCAAGGCCUGAAGAAGGACCUCACCGCUCUCAUGACCGACUCGCAAGACUACUGGCCCGCCGACUUCGGCCACUACGGUGGAUUCUUCAUCCGUAUGGCGUGGCACAGCGCCGGCACAUACCGAGUCCAGGACGGUCGAGGAGGAGGUGGUGAGGGUCAGCAGCGGUUCGCUCCCCUCAACAGCUGGCCUGACAACACAUCCCUCGACAAGGCCCGUCGUCUGCUAUGGCCCAUCAAGCAAAAGUAUGGAAACAAAAUCUCAUGGGCGGACUUGUUCCUGCUCACCGGAAACGUCGCCAUCGAGUCCAUGGGUCUACCCACCUUUGGUUUCGCUGGUGGUCGUCCAGACACCUGGGAGGCCAACAAGUCGGUAUACUGGGGUAGCGAGACCUCUUGGCUCGGCAACGAGGACCGCUACGCAUCCGGAAACGAGGGCAUCAAAGAUGGCCCGGCCAUCGAUGGUGACCAGUCGCGCAAGGACCACUCGGACAUCCACUCCCGCGAGUUGCAACAGCCGCUCGCCGCUGCCCACAUGGGUCUCAUCUACGUGAACCCGGAGGGCCCUGACGGCAUCCCCGACCCCAAGGCGGCCGCCCACGACAUCCGCACCACCUUCGGCCGCAUGGCCAUGAACGACGAGGAGACCGUCGCUCUCAUCGCCGGUGGACACACCUUCGGCAAGACCCACGGUGCUGCCUCGUCGGACAACAUCGGCAAGGAGCCCAACGCCGCUUCCAUCGAAGAGCAGGGAUUCGGGUGGACCAACAAGCACGGCACCGGAAAGGGUCCCGACACCAUCACAUCCGGGUUGGAGGUCAUCUGGAGUGAGACGCCCACCAAGUGGAGCAACUACUACCUCGACUACUUGUACAAGUACGAGUGGGAGCUCACGAAGAGCCCGGCUGGUGCCAACCAGUGGGUGGCCAAGACCGAUGACCUGAUCAUCCCGGACGCCUACGACCCGACCAAGAAGCACAAGCCGACCAUGUUGACCACCGACCUGGCCCUGCGCUUCGAUGAGAAGUACGACAAGGUCUGCCGGGACUUCAACGCCAACCCCGGCAAGCUGGGUGACGUCUUCGCUCGCGCGUGGUUCAAGCUGCUCCACCGUGACAUGGGUCCUCGCACCCGAUGGCUCGGCCCCGAGAUACCGAAGGAGGUCUCCAUCUGGGAGGACCCCGUCCCGGAUGUCGACCACCCUCUGAUCGAGAACGCCGAUAUCCAACAGUUGAAGAAGGCCAUCCUCGACACCGGCCUCUCGACCUCCGAGCUCAUCAGCACCGCCUGGGCCUCCGCCUCGACCUUCCGCGGCGGCGACAAGCGCGGCGGUGCCAACGGUGCCCGCAUCCGUCUCGCCCCUCAGAAGGACUGGGAGGUCAACAACCCCAAGCAGCUCUCCAAGGUCCUCUCCGCCCUCGAGAAGGUCCAGCAGGGCGCGCCCAAGAAGGUCUCGCUCGCCGACCUCAUCGUCCUCGGCGGCAACGCCGCCCUCGAGAAGGCCUCCGGCCUCGCCGUGCCCUUCCACCCGGGCCGCACCGACGCCACCCAGGAGCAGACCGACGUCGACUCCUUCUCCCACCUCGAGCCCAAGAUCGACGGCUUCCGCAACUACGGCCGCGGCACCGGCCGCGUCCGCACCGAGAACUACCUCGUCGACCGCGCCCAGCUGCUCACCCUCUCCCCGCCCGAGCUCGCCGUGCUCAUCGGCGGCCUCCGCGUCCUCGGCGCCAACUGGGACAACAGCGACGUCGGCGUCCUCACCAAGAACCCCGGCCAGCUGACCAACGACUUCUUCGUCAACCUGCUGGACCCGAACCUCGUCUGGAAGCCCGCCGGCCCCUCCGACAAGGACAAGGAGCUCUUCGACGCCCACGACCGCCGCUCCGGCGCCAAGGUCUGGUCCGCCACCCGCGCCGACCUCGUCUUCGGCUCCCACCCGGAGCUCCGCGCCAUCGCCGAGGUCUACGCCUCCGCCGACGGCGCCCCGCGCUUCAAGCAGGACUUCGUCCGCGCCUGGGCCAAGGUCUCCGAGCUCGACCGCUUCGACCUGAGCGCCCAGGACCGGAAGCCGUCGGCCCGCGUUUAGGAUGGACGUUUGGGUCGCUGUUGGUAAAGAUUGAUGGUUUGAGAUGAGGGAUACAACUACUUGGGAAUUUCUUUUGUUCGAGAAAAAUAAACAUGAUUGAUGGUUCCGCGUGUAAUGAGUGUGUUAUGAUAUGGAUCCUUUAUGUACCCUCUCCCUCUGGAGGAGAAGGAGAAGGAGAUUUGAUGAACAAAAAUGGAAAAACUUCGAAAAAAGGACUCUUUUCUCAGUUGAUCAUGUCGUCGCUUCACAUCUCUCUCACGCAGUCAUCAAAGUCCUCUUCCCUCCAUUCCGUGGUGACAUCCCCCACUCGUUUUUGUUUUCGCGUCGCAUGUCGUGCGUGAUACAUCCGCGGCCUCCAGAGCGGGUUCUCACCCGUGUAGUCUUGGGGGGAAAUCAACGAGCGGUAGAUCCCGGACCAGAAUG